AUGGGGGGCAGUGCUUUCAUAGACGGGAAGCCCACCCAGUCUCACUACCCAGAGUCAAGGGUGCUCAUUAUCAUGACGGGAGGGACCAUCUGUAUGCAGCCUUCUGCAGAUGGGCUGGUCCCCAUGACAGGCUUCCUCGAGAACGCUAUGGCACCGCGGCCAUCGUUCAAUGACGGCUCGACUCCUCCUGUCAAAAUCCACGCCUACAAGAACGGCGUCAAGUUGACGCUCGACAGCCUGCGGACUCCCCCGACCACUUAUUCGCGGCACAUCCGCUAUGGCAUUCUCGAGUUCCACCCUCUGCUCGAUUCCAGCUCCAUCUCCUCCAUGGGCUGGACCGAGAUUGCAAUGACCAUCAAGGAGAACUACCACUACUUUGACGGUUUCGUCGUUCUUCACGGCACCGACUCGCUUGCCUACACGGCCUCGGCGCUCUCCUUCAUGAUGUCGGACCUCGGCAAGCCGGUUAUCCUAACCGGCUCGCAAGCUUCUAUCUUCGCCCUACAGUCCGAUGCGGUGGACAAUUUGCUGGGCUCGCUCAUCAUCGCAGGCACCUUUGUCAUCCCCGAGGUCUGCCUGUUCUUUCACCACACCCUUUUCCGCGGCAACAGGACGACCAAGGUCUCGGCCUCCUCGUUCGAGGCAUUCGACAGCCCGAACUGCGAGCCCCUGGCUAAGGUGACCUCGCUCGGGGUAGAUGUCAACUGGACCCUCGUCCGCCGGCCGACGCGCAUUGCCGAGUUCCAGGUGACCAAGUACCUCGACACGGCGCACGUGGCCUGCCUGCGCAUCUUCCCGGGGAUCAAGCCGGAGAUGGUAGAUUCGGUGCUUAGGGUCCCCAAUCUGCGCGGUCUGAUCCUCGAGACGUUUGGCAUGGGCAAUGCGCCGGGCGGUGUGGACGGGAGCCUGACCAAGGUGAUCCGGGAGGCGGUGCAGCGCGGGAUCGUGAUCGUCAACGUCAGCCAGUGCACAAACGGGUUCGUCUCGCCACUAUAUGCUCCGGGGACGGCGCUCGGAAGAGCAGGCGUUGUGUUUGGCUUCGACCUGACCACGGAAGCGGCGCUCACAAAGCUGUCCUACCUUCUGGCGCUGCCUGGGCUGGAGUACAAGGACAUCGCGGCCGAGAUGGCGCAUUCCUUGCGCGGAGAGAUGACGGAAACGACCACGCCGUCCUUCUCUCACCCCGCCGGUAGCAUCGACUCUGCCGUGGGCAGACUCACUGUAGCCGCGCUAGGCUACGCGAUCCGCAACGGCGAGCUGCGCACGGUGCGCGAGAUCCUAGAGGGGGACGAGUUCAGCCACCAGCUGCUCAAGCGGGCCGACUACGCGGGCAACACGGUGCUGCACCUGGCCGCCGUGGGGCCGGAGCCGCAGGUGCUGCGCGAGCUGCUCAUGCGCGGCGCGAGCGUCCACGCCCGCAACCGCGCCAACAACACCCCGCUCUACCUCGCCGAGAAGAUGGGCAACGCCGAGUGCGUGCGCCUGCUGAAGGAGGCCGGCGCCCACCUGUGGUUGGACAACGAGCUCAAGGGCGAGGGCAGCCGUGUGCCCAGCCAGCGCGCGAGCAGGGCCGUUUCUCCCGAGAGGGGCCCUCGCUCGCAGCCCAAUGGAGGGCCCGUCCGUGAGGGACACGGGAAGGAGGAGGAGGAAAAGGACGAGGCUGCUGCGGAGCGGGAUGCGGGGAGUGAUGGGAACGGGAACGGGGUGGGGUUGGCGCAGGCCGAGCCGGCUCGGUCGUUAUUGACAGGGGAUAAGGGGAGCCCGGAAGGUCCGAUUCCGCGCAGGCCCACUCUGAGGGUUAUUGUGCCGCAAACCGUGCUAGGAUUCAAGUACAUAGUGCUAAAUCUCGCCCCAAUGUGUCAUCUGCAAGCCGCCUUCCUCUUGGAGCCACACCCGUCUGCCAUCGUGGCCACGAGCCUCAUUGGCUGCGACUUCCAUCCACGGAGCGUGAAAAGGCUCACUGAAGAACCCGAAUCGACGUAG